UGAACGCGCUGAUUGACGCCGUUUCACCGUGAGCUGAUUUGCGCGUCCACGCGCUCCGGUUCGCCUUCGCAAAAAAAAAAAAAAAUAACACGAAAAAAGAAAAAAACCGUCGCGAACCAACGGCCGAAUCCUCGCGCGCCAAAUGUAGCACCGGAACCGUUCGAGCUUCUGUUAGUCGUGUGGAAGUAGAACAGAAACCGGGGUGACUGCAGCCAUCAUCCGGGGACCAGAGAGAGAGAGAGAGAGAGAGAGAGAGAGAGAGAGACUCAGAGAGAGAGAGAGAGAGAGAGACUCAGAGAGAGAGAGAGAGAGACUCUGAUGUGCUGCCACUAAGUCUGAGGGAUUUCGGAUUAUUUCUGUGUCCACAUGCAGUUUCCGACAUUUCAUUUUAAUUGUGCAGUUUUUUAGCCAGAACACAAAGCGCACGGAAUCAUGAUGGCGAGCGACUCUCCGGCCCGGAGCCUGGAUGAGAUCGACCUGUCGGCACUGCGGGACCCGGCGGGAAUCUUUGAGCUGGUUGAACUUGUGGGAAAUGGAACAUAUGGCCAAGUGUACAAGGGCCGCCAUGUCAAGACAGGCCAGCUUGCUGCAAUCAAGGUCAUGGACGUCACAGGGGAUGAGGAGGAGGAAAUUAAAGCAGAGAUCAACAUGCUGAAGAAGUAUUCGCACCAUCGUAAUAUUGCCACAUACUAUGGAGCCUUCGUCAAGAAAAACCCACCUGGCGUUGAUGACCAGCUGUGGUUGGUGAUGGAGUUUUGUGGUGCCGGCUCAGUCACAGACCUGAUAAAGAACACUAAAGGGAACUCUCUGAAGGAGGAGUGGACGGCGUACAUCUGCAGAGAAAUCCUCCGAGGUCUGACUCAUCUACACCAGCACAAAGUCAUCCACCGUGACAUUAAAGGCCAGAACGUCCUGCUGACGGAGAACGCUGAGGUCAAACUGGUGGACUUUGGUGUGAGUGCACAGUUGGACCGCACCGUGGGCAGGAGGAACACGUUUAUCGGCACGCCGUACUGGAUGGCCCCAGAAGUCAUUGCCUGUGACGAGAAUCCAGAUGCCACGUACGAUUUCAAGAGUGAUUUGUGGUCUUUAGGAAUUACUGCUAUGGAGAUGGCAGAAGGGGCUCCACCUCUGUGUGAUAUGCACCCAAUGAGAGCGCUUUUCCUCAUUCCCAGAAAUCCAGCUCCUCGUCUAAAGUCAAAGAAGUGGACAAAGAAGUUCCAGUCAUUUAUUGACAGCUGCCUGGUGAAGAACCACACACAGAGGCCCAGCACCGAGCAGCUGCUUAAACAUCCCUUCAUCAGAGACCUGCCUAAUGAGCGCCAGGUCCGCAUCCAGCUCAAAGACCACAUCGACCGCACCAAGAAGAAGAGGGGAGAGCGGGAUGAGACGGAGUACGAGUACAGCGGCAGUGAGGAGGAAGAGGAGGAACGAGACAUCGGAGAACCCAGCUCCAUCAUUAACAUCCCGGGCGAGUCCACUUUGAGGCGGGACUUCCUGCGCCUACAGCUGGCCAAUAAGGAGCGCUCUGAGGCCCUGCGGCGACAACAGCUGGAACAGCAGCAGAAUGACGAGCACAAGCGCCAACUGCUGGCCGAGAGACAGAAGCGCAUCGAGGAGCAGAAGGAACAGAGGAGGAGGCUGGAGGAGCAACAGCGUAGGGAGAGAGAGCUACGCAAACAGCAGGAGAGAGAGCAGAGGAGACGCUACGAGGAGAUGGAGCAGAUACGCAGAGAGGAGGAAAGGAGGCACGCUGAGAGGGAACAGGAGUAUAUCCGCCGUCAGCUGGAGGAAGAACAGAGGCAGUUGGAGAUUUUACAGCAGCAGCUUCUACAGGAACAGGCUCUUCUUCUGGAGUAUAAGCGGAAGCAACUGGAGGAGCAGAGGCAGGCGGAGAGGCUUCAGAGGCAGCUCCAGCAGGAGAGAGCUUACCUGGUUUCCCUCCAACAGCAGCAGCAGCAGGAGCCUCGACCUGCCGACAAGAAGCAGCUCUAUCACUACAAGGACUCGGUCAACCCCAGCGACAAACCCGCCUGGGCCAAAGAGGUCAUGAGACGAGCCCAAAGUAACUCCCCUCGUCUACCUACAAAGAAUCAGUACCAUGAGGAGGCGCGGCUUUCGCACCUCCUCCUCCUUUCUGACCACGCCUCCAGCCACGUCCCCUCCCGUCCCCCAUCCUACCCAGCCGCCACCCCCUCACACGCCCAGAGAGAGCGGGCCGAGAUCCAGCUCAGGCAGCAGGGCAUCAACGCCAACAUCCCCAGAAUCCGGGUGUCCUGUGAGCCAGAUAUGGAUCAGAUCAGCCAACUGCUCCCAGGGUCGGGCCAGGAGAAACGUGGGCGGAGUCCCGGACGAUCUGGAGCAUGGGACAGUGAGGUGGAGGAACGUUCCAAACUGAACCGUCAGAGUUCUCCAGCUCUGCAGCACAAAGUGGCUAAUCGUAUCUCAGACCCGUCGCUGCCUCCUCGCUCUGAGUCCUUCAGCAGCGGAGGCAUCCAGCAGGCUCGGACUCCGCCCAUGCACCGCUCUGUCGAGCCCCAGAUGGCUCACCUAGUCUCAGUGAAAUCUCACGGUUCCUCGAUGACGGGCUCGCAGUCUCUGCAUGAUCAGUCUUCCCAGAGCGUCUCGGCAUUCCAGGAGAGUCUGUCGCCCCACCGGCCCCCGAUGCCCCGGCAGAAUUCAGACCCCACCUCAGAGACGCCCAUGCCUCCACCUCGCAUCACCAGCCGCGAUGACAAGUUCGACCGCAGCUCCUGGCUGAGACAGGAAGAGGAAGUUCCUCCAAAAGUUCCUCAGAGGACGACCUCUAUAUCUCCUGCAUUGGUUAGAAAGAACUCACCUGGGAAUGGACCUGGAGGCCUGGGGCCGAGGCCAGGCUCUCACCUCAUCCGAGCCAGUAACCCAGACCUACGGGUCACCAUGGAGCCCGGACUCCCCAGGACGAGCAGCGGCAGCUCCUCCAGCUCUAGUACUCCAAGCUCUCAGGGCGGCUCCAGCGAGAGGAACCGAGUGGGAGGAUCUGGAAAACCUGAGAGCUCCCCAUCCAUGUCCCAGGAGACCAAACACAAAAACCAGGAGGAGGGCAGAGAGGUGACGAGGCCCAGCCGACCUGCUGAUCUCACUGCUCUGGCCAAAGAGCUCAGAGAGUUGCGCUCGAACGAGGAGACGAACAGGCCGCCAGUCAAAGUGACCGAUUACUCGUCGUCCAGUGAGGAGUCAGAAAGCAGUGAGGAAGAGGAGGGAGAUGGUGGAGCUCAUGAUGGAACAGUGCCAGUCAGCGACAUCCCUCGCAUCAUGCCAUCGGCUGGUCAGGGUGGGAGCGAGCCGUUCGGAGCGCUGGUGGGUCCGGAGGAUUCCCACGACGAGUCUUACGGAAACAUCUCUAAAGACAGCACGCUGAUGAUGAGAGAGAUGUUUGGGGAAAGAAAGCGCUCGGGUCAUGCCGAGAGCAACGGUUUCCCUGGUAACGCCAAUCUUCCUGAUCUAGUGCAGCAAAGCCACUCCCCCUUGGCCACGCCCAGCGAAGGCCCAGGGCUCCGCUCCAGUCUGCUUGGGCAGGACCUGGACUCUGUGGCUGAAUACGGGAGCGGCUCUAAAGCCUCCUUUACCCCGUUUGUGGACCCGCGAGUGUACCAGACGUCACCCACUGAAGAAAGCAGUGAGAACUCAGCAGCAGCUCUCUCCGUCGACGAGCUGCUGAGGCACGAGCAGGAACAGGAGCAGGCUCGGCUCAACGAGGCUCGGAAGAUCUCCGUCGUCAACGUCAAUCCCACCAACAUCCGGCCGCACAGCGACACGCCUGAGAUCCGCAAAUACAAGAAACGCUUCAACUCUGAGAUCCUGUGUGCUGCUCUGUGGGGUGUGAAUCUGUUGGUUGGGACUGAAAAUGGUCUGAUGUUGUUGGACCGCAGCGGUCAGGGGAAAGUCUACAACCUCAUCAGCCGCCGCCGCUUUCAGCAGAUGGACGUGUUGGAGGGCCUUAACGUCUUAGUCACCAUCUCCGGCAAAAAGAACAAGUUGAGGGUUUACUACCUGUCAUGGCUCAGGAACCGGAUCCUCCACAAUGACCCUGAGGUGGAGAAGAAGCAGGGCUGGACCACAGUGGGAGAUCUGGAGGGCUGCGUUCAUUACAAAGUUGUAAAAUACGAGCGGAUCAAGUUCCUGGUGAUUGCCUUGAAGAACGCGGUAGAGAUUUACGCAUGGGCUCCGAAGCCUUAUCACAAAUUUAUGGCUUUUAAGUCCUUCACCGAUCUGCAGCACAAACCUCAGCUGGUGGAUCUGACCGUAGAGGAAGGUCAGAGGUUAAAGGUCAUCUACGGCUCCAGUGUUGGAUUUCACGUCAUCGACGUUGACUCGGGAAACCCGUACGAUAUCUACAUCCCAUCGCACAUUCAGGGCAGUGUCACCCCUCACGCCAUUGUGGUACUCCCCAAGACCGACGGGAUGGAGAUGCUUCUGUGUUAUGAAGAUGAGGGAGUCUAUGUGAACACAUACGGCAGAAUCACUAAAGACGUGGUGCUACAGUGGGGAGAGAUGCCCACCUCUGUUGCCUACAUCCACUCCAACCAGAUCAUGGGAUGGGGAGAGAAAGCCAUUGAGAUCCGUUCCGUGGAGACGGGACACCUCGACGGAGUUUUCAUGCACAAGCGAGCUCAGCGACUGAAGUUUCUGUCUGAGAGAAACGACAAGGUCUUCUUCGCCUCGGUCCGAUCAGGAGGCAGUAGCCAAGUUUUCUUCAUGACCUUGAACAGAAAUUCCAUGAUGAACUGGUAAAACCCGCCCACACACCUUCCCCCCCCACGGGCCCCACCACUCGCCCCCUGCGUUGUGUAUCUGUUUUCUAUAUCGAUGGGGUGGGACAGAAUGACUAGAACCCACGGUGUGUGGAAUCACAGGGCUGCUUUUAAGAUUAAAUACUUUUAGAAAAUAAAUCAAUAAAACAAAAUAAUGGCCAGGAGCCGCUCCAGAGAGCCGACGUUCAUCUCACAUCCACACGAAGCUCUGGCCGCCGAGAGAAGAACAGCCACCUCCUGUACCCAGAAUUCCUUACGGCUCUGACCUGCGGGUUCUUGUUUUUAUCAUGAUGAUGUAGUUUUGGAGAAAAACAGAGAUGGACAGAACUGAUGGCCAAAAAUCAAGAAAAUUAAUGAUAUUGUAACUGUUUAGUCACUUUUAUCACAAUAAUUUAUUGCUGUUGGUUCAACAAAACAAUUCUAUGGAAAGGUGUGUGUGUGUGUGUCUGUGUGUGUGUCUGUGUGUGUGUCUGUGUGUGUGUUUCUUUCACGUUAUGUUUUUGCAUUUCAUCACACUGUAACUGUACAAAGGUUUGUGAGGUUUCUAUGUUUGCAAUAUAUUUCCGUGUGUGUGCGAGUGUGCAUGUGAGUGUGCGUGAGAGUGAGUGUGUGCGCACGUGUGUGUGCGCACGUGUGUGUGCCCUCACCAUCCAUCUAUAUAAAACAUCAGACGAUAGUUAAGUCUGGUCUGAACGUGUGGAUGUUUUAUGCAGAAGGUUACAGCCGAAUCCUGGGAAAUUAUUUGUAAAUUAAAUUAAAGCUCAGUUUCUCUUCAUAAACAAUCGACACGUGAUGGAGUUUAGCAUUUUACACGUUGUUGCUUCAGUGCAAUAAAGAGCAGGAGAUCUGGGUUCUGGGUUUUAGCUCAAACCUGAACCUCCAGUCUGAAACUUUCAGAGCUGUGUUCGAGGUUUAUGUGAGUUUUUUUAAGAUAAUCCUUUAAUAAAUCUGCUCACACAACACAGGGGAUUUCUGUUCUUUUUUCUCAGAUUGUGAUGACAUGAGUUCAGUGCAUUGAGCUUCCUCUAAACCUACCUCAUUACUUCCUCCAGUCAAGUUUAUAUUCAACCAUAACGUCAUUAUUAAUAAAACGUUCACUAGAAUUCAGACAAAGGCACAGGAGGAAUCUCAAUUUUAUAAUAUACGUUUUAUUAUAAAUUAAUUCUUUAUGCAUCCUGAACAUUUCUUUUUUUAUAAUUUUUUCCCCCACAAUAAACUGUCACUAGAUUCUAUAUAAAAAUGAAGCGAUUCAGUUUAAUCUGUCAGGAUAAAUUUCAUACUCAAAUACGACUUGAAUGUUUAUAAUAUUUACAAAUUCACAAGAAAAAAAUGUGUGAAAGGUGUGUUAACACCUGUAAUAAAUUCAGCAAAACUUUCUUCACUGGUGCAUUUUAUUAGGAUGUUUUGGUGCUCUAGUGCUGAAUCGUUUCUAAGAAUCAUGGUGCAGAAAAGAAAAUGAUUCUUUUCACUUAAACUCAAAUAAUUGAAAUUAAGCUUGAUAAAUUUAAUAAAGUCAAAGAUCAAAUUGAGUAUGAGUACAAGUGUGUACAAGUGUGUACAAGUGUGUAUGAGUGUAGAAGAAGUGUGUAAACUGCAGAUUAGAGACUUUUAGUUUCAGCAGAAUUUUUCACCCCCGAGACGUUUUAAUUCUGAAAUAAACCACCUGUGUGUGUGUGUGUGUGUGUGUGUUUCUGCGGUUUCUGCAUGUCUGUAGCUUUACAUUGGGGAUUUCACCCCCAGGUUAUUCUUCAUUCGAGCAUAAAAAUGUGAACUGAAGUUAAAACAUCUCGUCUCUUUUUUGUUGUUCAUAAAAAAAUUCACUUCAUUCACUUUUUCAUCUCACAUUUGUCUUAAUUUUAAUUUCAUUUAAUCAUCAGUAAAUCCAUCACAUCCUACUAUCAUUCUUGGUAGUUUGUUAAGUUUCACACAAACUUAUGUGGAAUUUCUCACAUUUUUAUUUGCUUAUUUUCUGGCUGAAUAAGAGCUAAAAUAAUUCUCCAUUUUGGCUUUUAAAGAAUGUUUUAGUGAUUUUUUUCUUUACUUUUUGAGAAAUUAAAGCUGUUAUCUAACUGUUUGGCAAAAAAUCAGGCUAAAUAAAAUACAGAAUAAAGUUAGCAGUAAAAUAAAUCACACAGCGAAUAAUUCUGUAAAUAUAAUUACAGUAAAAUUAUGUAUUUUAACAAUUAUUACAUGCUUCCAAACCUGACUCCAAGUGAAUUUCCAUUUUAAUAACUUAUUUAAUAAUACUUCGUUAAACAUUCUUAAUGCUGUUACAGAAACUAAAAAUGUACAAAACUUUAAAGUGAAAUAAAAUAAAUAUUACAUUUACGUAAAAGCCUGGAGUUGGAUUUUAUAUGCAAAUAAUAUUCGAAUAAUAUUUCAUGUAAAUUUUUAUUGCAGUUCUAUUUACAGAAUUACAGACUGCCGUUAUUUUUACUGUCUCACGAGUUUUUUUUAUAUUUAACUUCUUUUCAUGUUUAUUCACGUCAUCAUGCUUUUUUGUAAAAGAAUUUGUUCACUGCUUCCAAAACAUGAAUGUUACGAUUAAAAUGAUUCAAAAAGUCAUACUACUGAAAACUCUGAACUAGGCCUGAGGUCUGAUCUCAUCUGCUGGGAGCCUGGUACUUUUCCACUGGAUACUGAAUACUGAAUUUUCUUAUUCUGAUGUAAAAAUGUGGUGGCCUGAGUGGUUAUAAACUGAGGAUCUAACAGACGAGCCGAGGUUGGACGCUGGUUAUUCUGAUGGGAUUUAUUUGUACAGUAUACUUCUGGUCUGUCAUUGUGUUUGGAGGCGACAGUAUUAUUACUAAUUCUUUUGCAAAGGGAUUUUUUUCUCUAGCUGUAAUUUGGAAUAGCUCGUCAGUCUGAAAGUGCUGAACUCUAUAUUAGAAUGUCAGAGAUGUUUAAUAUCAGUGCUUUAUGUAAUAUCACUUUAUCCUAUUCUCCAUUUAUCCCAGUACUGUUUGAGGCUUCUUUCCUUUUUCUUUAUAAUUUCACUGCUAAAUUAUAGCCAAACUGAUGUACUGAACUCUUCUGUAUGGUGACAUUUUCCUUUCCCUGCUUUAUUUAGUUUUUCUGUUUGUUUGUUUUAGUUUUUUUCAGGGGGAAAAGCACUCGUCUUAUUUAUAUUUGAAUGAAAGCCUGAAAGGAAUCAAUGCCGAUGUAAAUGAAAACCAAACCUAACACAGUCAUGUUGGGGCACAGCUAGGAUUAUUAGCAAUAACAUGUAUCAAGGAUUUUUUCUGGUAUUUCAUUUCUGUCUGAAUUUGGUAGAAAAAAUAUGUUGAAAUGUUUGAAGUCCAGAAUUUGGGUUGUUGAGUUCGGAGUGACGCAGAUUCUACACGAAUAUCUUCACACUUUGUUCCCAUGUGACAUAAAGCAUUAGAACUUUGCUGUUUUUUAAUAAAUCGAUGUAUCAAAUGA